AUGACUUUCGUUUUCGUUCUCCCUUUCAAGUUCUUAGUAUAAGCUUCCCGCUAAGUGGUAUCGGUUUCUACAUUCUAGAAGCAGGAUUUGUUCUUCAUUUCUCCAUUCUCACCUAAGAAGAGAUCAAGAGAUAGAGCCAGAGAUGUUUGGAAGGAUCAGAGCAUCGCCAUCGCCAGUGGAGUGCUUGGAAUUAGAGCGCCUUCCUUCCAAGAUUUACAAAGACGAUUCUCUUUCCAUCUAUGAAGCUACACUAAUGAAACUCAAAAAAGGUUCUCAACGUUGUUUAAGUUCCGAAGAUACAUUAAGCCCGGUCUCUCAAGAUUCUAUGGAUGUUGAAUCCAACUCCAACGCAUUUCAGUAUUCAUCUAAAGUUCCCGGGCUAUGCAGCGAGCUAGGACUGCCUGAUUGUAGCAGUAAUAGUUCUUGCGCGAGUGUACCUGUAAGACCUAAUCAGGAACAAAAGAGAAUUGGAGAAAACUCAAUACACCAUCUUUUUUCGAAGUAUGCCAUUGCUCAUCAAAAAACAAGGUGCAAUUAGCUUCAACAAAGGUUUUUCCGUGAAAAUCUCUGCUUGUUCAAGUGAUUCUGAUCAACAGGUUCCUCAAAAGUUCAUUUUGAAUCAUAAGCCGUGAUCUCAGAAUUCCGUCAAAAUUUCUAGGCUUGAUUCUAUGUUUAGGAAGUUUGUGGCAUUUUGUUUGUUGAUAUAACUUAUGGGCAUGGGUGUAACUUGCAACAAUAGGGUUCUUCAAUGUUCUUGUAAUGUCAAGUUAAGUGAUGUGCUGUUGAUUAAUGAUUUCAAUAAUAUAAUUCACUUGUUUUCUCUUUA